AUGAACGACCGUGCGCACGUGCUUGCGAGCGAGACGAAGUGGGCGGACCGCGGCAAGGUGCUGGACCCGAAGCCGGAGGGCGUGCCGCUGUCCCACGUCCCGCUGGACGAGGACGCGGAGUUCGUUGCGCUGGAGGACGAGUGGCGCGGCCUGGCGCAGGACCCGCGGCGCAACGAGAGGGCGCUCGCAGACCUGGAGAAGGCGAUGAACGACCGUGCGCACGUGCUUGCGAGCGAGACGAAGUGGGCGGACCGCGGCAAGGUGCUGGACCCGAAGCCGGAGGGCGUGCCGCUGUCCCACGUCCCGCUGGACGAGGACGCGGAGUUCGUUGCGCUGGAGGACGAGUGGCGCGGCCUGGCACAGGACCCGCGGCGCAACGAGAGGGCGCUCGCAGACCUGGAGAAGGCGAUGAACGACCGUGCGCACGUGCUUGCGAGCGAGAUGAACUGUGUGUAUCGUUUAACCCCCUCCCACCCUUCGCGCCCACGCCCGCGCCGCGUCCCCGCAGUCUCGUAA